AGGCUGUAUAACGCUCCAUUUUAUGCGAAAUUUAAGAAACUUAUACUGAUUCAUCUACACAUUAUAACAACUGAGAGCUGUUCGGAGCAAUUGAGGCGCAAAAGAUAAACGAGCGAAAAUUUUAGCGUUAAACAUAGAUGUUAUACAUUGGGUACGGCACACGAACUGCUUUCAACAUGUCUGUUCUACGGAAAUCGAUUGCGUACAUCUUCAUCGGACUCUGUUAUUUCCUCUUCAGUGCUAAAACUAUUGACGGCCGUGUUGCGGGCAAAGUAGGCGGUAGCGGAGGCAACUAUUACAGUGGAAAAUCGUACAGUGGCAUCAACGAUGAACUUAUUAUGGUCUCAAUAGGAAUGGCCAUAGUCAUUGCUGUACUCAUCACACUGGCGCUAUGCUAUAUAGCACGUGAGAAAUGCCAAAAACAUCGCGAGUACUACGUUACUGCAUAAUUUAAGCACCGAGUCUACGUUUUCUAAUCGUCGAGAACGUGACACAGUUUCCCAUAAAACCCCAAGCGGCCAAUGUGCCAUCAACACUAUAUAUACACAUAUAAUAUCAUCGCCAACAACAAAAACAACGGAGAGUGCAUCACGGUCGGACUGACUGUUGUUUCUAUUUGGACAGCUAUGCUGCUAUUCUGUUACGGGAAAAUAUCCCAAAGUGAUAUUAAGCAUUGUUUCAACGCGAUUGCUCAAGAAGCAUGCACUUUCAUUCAAACGCCCCGUCUUUUUUUGCAGCACGAGAUGAACGAUCUCGUAUGAAAAGUGUAUACACUAAAAAUAGACGCAUCGCGGUCAAGUUUAUUCAAAUAUUCAACGGCUUGUGUUUGCACAAACCAGCACAAACAUCGGGCUGAAUGCGAGGGAAGCUGCCUGCAUAUAUGAUUCAAUUCGGACGAUUUUGGCUUAAAGUGAAAUGUUUAACCAUAUUACGAUUUCAAUGCACACAAGCGACAAGUGUAAGCCAUGAUGAAUGCUCUGAAAACCGUUUGAAUGUAGUAUUUGCUUGUGGCUUCGUUUUUCACACAUCGACGAUUCAUUGGAUUGCGAACCAAUAUGUUCUGUUCGGUUCUGAUAGAUAGUGUUGCCCACAAAAGUGGUGAGCAUGGGAAUAAAUACAUAGAUGCAUAAUAUAUUGGCAUGCGAGUGCAUAAUAUGCACAUAAAAAAGAAGAAAAGCACAAGAAUAAUAACGUAGAGAGAAUGAGAGAGAGAGAGAGCAUUCAUUAGAUGGGCGACAUACAUCGACUACAACAUUUCGAUAAGACCAUUUAUUUUCAUUGGAGCAAAAAUCAAUACAUAUACAUGUAAUGAAACGGUGUACAUUUUUUUCUGUAUAUUAUUCAACAAACAAAAGAGCAGCCAUAGGAAAAACGUUCGCACGUUUCAGCUUUUGGCGAAAAUCACAGCACGACCAUUUUAAUUACAAGUUUCUUUUUUUUUCAUCAACAAUAAUUUCCCUUACUAUACUGACUGAGUAUAGUAUACUCUAGGUUUAAUGUUUGACGCAAUAGAAAUAAAAGCUGUUGGCUUACAACCAAAUGGAUACCAGAUAAAAUUGAAGCUAUGGAUUUUCGUCAUUAAUUUCGCAUAUUCAGCAAUUUCAAGUUGGUCCCUUCACUUGGCUUAAUGCUUUUUCGAACCACGCAUCUGUCACGGCCUACACAUAGCAGCAGCUCUGACUUUGUUUUUGUAAUUGAAUAAUUUUUAUUGAGCUAAACGUGGCGAGCGGUGAUUUUGGUUGGAAAAUUUAUGUGCGCACAGUUCAAAUGUGCAUGUAACUUUCAAUCAAGGCCAAAUCGAAUGGAUUUGUUCGAUUUUAUUUAGAAUUUGUAUAUAUCUCUCUCAUACUAAUGCUUGACUUAAUCCGUGAUGGCUUUCUAUCGAAAGAUACUGCAUACCAACUGCCCCAAAUGAAGGGAGCACCACCAUUCAACGUUUAACAGUGAAUUGCGUUACGCUGUUUCCUUGAAUAGAAAUAGCUUCUCCACAUUUUCUCUAUUUAUUCUUUUUAUUAUCAUUGUAUCUUCAAUUUAUUCAACGUCUCGGUACGAGAUUCGAUGGGAAAAAGAGCAUGCUGUUCGUCGCAAUGGAUUGAAACGGUGACAAAAUGUGGAAUAUAUUUCAAUGUCAAAUCGAACUCGUUUCGCUUAUCGUUUCGUCCAGACAUCGACGAGUGCUUUUUUCCCUCCUUAUUCUUCUUUUAAUCCUCUUUGCACCACGUACGACGUGCUACAAUCUAGUCGAUGUUCAAACAAGACAAGAAAACUCACUUCCAAAUACAAAGAGUGUCUCGCAGAACAUUCGGAAAACCAAAAAAAAAAAAAAUCAGGUUCAAAUUGCAUUUGACAUAAAUUUUAAAUUCGAUUACGGUUUCAUGAAUCGAUGUGAAAACAUUGGUUUUCACGGGAAAACUUUCUCGGCCUAGCAGUCUAUGCUGCCUUUCUCAGAUUUAUUCAUUGUGAGAGCAUAUCGACGGAUAACCCGUUCUCUACUACCAAUAAGAUAUUGCAGUUGCUGUGCCCCGAAGAAAUUUGGAUUGAUUGCGGUAGCGUUCGGCGAGAUGUGUUUUGCAAUCAAAUCGAUUGAGGUCAUAGGAGUUUGAUACACGCGUUCGAAAAUUCUCGGUCGCUGUCUGUCUCUCGAAUGUACUUAUCGAAACAAGAAUCGAUGUCGCAAACAUGCUUGCAAUCAACACAAUUCACAAACGAAAAGCACUUUUUCCAUCGAUUAAUAUUCCUUAGCGGGAGACUGUGCAACACACAGAGACAGUGCGAGAUCGACGACCGCAUAUAUCUGAAAUCAUAACAUGAGAACAAACAUGUCGUUGACGUUGUCGCAUCCAUUGGAAUUGGAUCCGAUGAAAAUGUGAGACGAGCAAUUAACUGGGUGUGCGCACGAAAAUCCAAUUAGCGAGAUGAGAGAAUUUCUAAUAACGUGCAAACAUCUCAUUUCUUUGUAAAAUUACGACAAGCGAAAAAUGUGGAGAAACUGCAUUGCGAGCAACAGAAGAGAACGAAAAUAAAAACGGAGCGUCCAUCAAUUUUAAUUAAAUGACACCCACCGUACCCACUGAAAAUGGUGAAAAAAAUUAAAAAACCACCACUAGUUUGAAGCAUGAAAACUCAUCAGUGUCCUGAGGUCACUUUAAAUCCAUCUAAUAGAGAAAAAACUCUUUUUACUUCUGCUUUUUUUUUCUCCGAGUGGACCAAUUUUGUAGAACACCAUUGACGACGAUGAUGACGACAAAAACAGAAAAUAAAAGUUGAGAAAAAACACACAACGAACGAAAUGAUGCAGACAGAUGGAUGUAUUUGAGUUUUACAUAUUUCAGUAGAAAUGAGUUGAGAGUUACCCUCUGAUGGUUAAAUGAGUCGAGCGAGAAACUAUAGAAUUUUCCCACAACUUAACGAAAAAAAAAACUUACCGAUUAACCAGCAGAGAGGAAAAUACGGUGGUUCGCAGAAAAAAAACGUGCACUCGAGUUGUAAAAUAGAUCUCAAUUGUGUGCUACCACACCAAAGAACUUUGAAUUGAUUUUCACGUUAUUCCAUACUUUUUAUUGUACGAACUUUUUUCCUCUCCCUUGUUCGUUCGCUCGCAAUAUUUUGAAAUGCAGAAGAAUAAGUAUAUUUCCCGUGGUGAAAAAUGCUACAACUGCAUCUGCCAACCUGAUUCGCAUAACUUUGCCGUUGGAGCCAUGGUUCGCAUUUCAUCUUCUCACUUGGGCGAAUGAUAGAGCAUUUGGAAACUAUUUCAUCGAUUUUUUGUGCUUUCCCUUGGCUCGCAUGCAAUGUAGUAAUAUACAUCGCAAUGCUUCUGCGAGUACACUACAAAAUGUUAACAACAAAGAGGAAAAAUGUAUGAAAUUCCCAAUUUACGGGUAUGGUCACGAUUGAGGUUGCAUUCGAAUUGUUCGGUUUUUGGUGCGGCGAAAUAGAAUUCUAUUCAUAUUGUGGUUUUUCAAUUGCUUUGGAAAUGAGCAUUGUUCUAGCGAACUUAUUUUACGAUCCGCUGAUUGAUGCCCACCAACAUAAAGUGGAAAAAGCGAUUCAAAACAGAAUGAACCUUUUUAAUUCUAAAAGAUGAAUGAAGCUCUUCUCUGAUCUCAUAUUUCAUUUUCGAAAAAUACACAGAGAGCUCUGACUGUCAAGCAUCAACGGAUUUUUGAAAUAUUUAUUGGAUUUAUUCAUGAAGAGUCAUCGUUGGUUUUUUGUUGUUAUUCAAACAAACAAAGGAAUGAAAAAAAAGCUUCAAAUUGACGCCAAACCCAUUCAUCGUUACAGCAAAGAGCUCAACGUGUUCCUUCUUCAUUGCAAAAACAUUGUGAAAAUCCGAGAGAAAAAUCCAAAUUUUAUUAAGUUGAUUGUUCGAAAACACUAAUUUUACUGGUGAAUAUAGCUUUUGAAGUGAACCAUUUAAAAUGCAUAAUGGAUACCGAGUCAAAACAUCACGUCAAAAAGCAUACACGAAAGCGUACCCAUUUCGCGUGUCGUCUGCAGAGCGAACAAAAGCGGACAUUCCAUCUCAAUGAAAUUUGAAAUGGAUAUAAAAGUUUUGUUUGCUUAAUGCUCAACUACCGCUAUCCACAUUCGGAAGUAUUUCAAUUUUUUCGCUCAAGCGAUUCAGAUGACACAGAAAAACUGAGCGUGAGAGUGUGAGUGAAAAUGGGGAAAAAAUGGCAAAUAUAAGCGAAAAGAGAAUAAUGGAUGAGAAAGAGAGAGCGAACAAAAUAAUGGAAAUGUGAUACAAUUCAAUGCUUUGUUGGUUAUUUGAAUGGUGCAUGGGAAAAAAAACGGUUUGUUUUUAGUCAAACUACCGCUUUUUAUUCGCCUUCAUCUAUUAUUUAAAAUGUUGUACGGACCGGGCAAAUACGCUGAAUAAUUUAGUACAGUUUUUUAUGCACUCCCACUAGAAGAUACAUUUCAUCUGUUGUAAAUUUUAAUUUAUGCUAGUCAUUUUCUCUCUGACAUCGUAAUGAGAAACGAAACUCUGUAUACACUGUCAUAAUAAUGCGAUCGCAUAUAAUUAUGCACGAGUUCUUUUGGGACUGGAUUUUCUCUCACAUUUUUCAUGCAACAUAAUUUUUCCUCGUUCAUUCAACGGAAUCCUUUUGUCUGUUCGCGCAUAUUUUGUCAUCUGAUGAACUUUAUUCGAGUGUUAAAUGCCGUUACACAUCAUAUGAUGUGUGUAUGUGUGUGUCAAUUAUGAGUAUCAGCUACUGUCAACAUUUAAUUUGAUUACAUAAAUUGAUGAAUCUCAUUUGAAGCCAUCAUUUAUAAUGAUGGCUCGAUGCACAUUAAAUUAACGUACACUCCUGAAAUUUUUUUGACACACUCGACGAAUUUUUAUUUCAAUUUCACGAUGAAAUCGAUAGCGAAAUUGAAUUAUUCGUGAAAAUAAUCAUUUUGUUCAUUUCAUCAAAUAAUUGAAAUGCACAAAAAAGCGAUAAAAUCGUUUCACGUGUGGUAAACAGGAAAUUCAGGAACGCCUGUGUAGAGAGUAUUCAAUUUUUUGAAUAUGAAUUUCGUUGUGCUGGGAAUCGAGGUGAUGCGCAAUAUUUUAUUUCAAAAGCUGCAAGCGACAGAUGUCUUUUUCUGAAUUGUUAAUGCGUUAUGCUAAUGUUGUUGCUUUUUUUUCAUUCAGAUUUACAUGCAUAUUACAUUUCUUUUGUGCAAAAAAAACAUUUUCACGGUACUGAGUGUGUAUGGUUUGCCUAAUAUCAUCUUCCAAAUGAUGCUCCGUUUGUUUCGCUUUACAAUGGUCUUCAGCGACAAAAAGGAGUUUUCAUUUCGGAACCAUUGUUUCUUAUCAUGAUGAACCCAAAACUCAAGGACAUUAUUUACAUUAAUGCACGUUUGUACAACGCAGGAAUGUGUGUUGUGGAUAUUGAUUUUUCUCGUUCUUUUUUUAUUGGAUUUAUUUGUGUUCAACAGAAGAUGUCUGUUUCUUGUAUGAGCUCAUUUAAUCGGAUGAAAGCUUCAAUACACGGUGCAUCCAUUAAACGAGGUCGAUAGGUAUUUUUCCACAUGAUGCCCGGAGAAGCAAAGCUGAUUUCAUCACACCAACAAAUCCAAAUUGCAAGUGUUUACCUUGCACUUGUGUGUGUGUGUGUGUGUGUGUGUGUGCGAGUGUAUAGUGAAUGAAAUGUUCGGCCCGAUUUGCGGCAAGUAAACUGCAAAUAUAUACUCAACGCAAUCAAUAAUCAUUCACACAGAUCAUCUGUCACAGGAUUUACUUUAUAUACGUAUCUUUUUAUUCGCUUGAAAACGAAUCUCGUUCAGGUGCACAGUGAAUUGUGGCAGCUGAUUUCAAUAUGAAUGGAAAUAUGCAGAUUUGUAUUCCAUUAGAGUGUUCGGAUUUCAAUUCAAUAAUGUUCCACGUGCCGAGCACACUCCUACAAAUGCAAAUAUUUUCCGCCCCAUUGAACUAAUCUACAAUGAUGAAUCUUCAUCUCUUCACAAACGAAAUUUGAUGGGGCAAAAAUGAUAGACGACUAAUAUUGGCUUAACGAGUUAUUAGUCUUUUUGACGCUAGGAUUGACUUAUUAAACAUCGAAAUGAACAUUCGCGCCAUUACGAAAAUGUGCUCUCAUCAGACAAACACUCCAAGUAUUAGUGUGCAUAUAGUAUGAACACAAUUCUGAGCUAAAGCGCUGUACAUCGAUUGUUUUGUAAAUUUAAUCAAAAUUAAUUAGAGCUCCAAGCAGUUUAGCAAGUUGUUAGCAACGAGUCUAACGAGCAAAGACUUGCAAAUGAAACUGCAAAUCGAUAUGAAUGUCGGCAUAGCUGAUGCUAUACAACUUAUAACGACCCUAGAAUAAAAUUCUCUAACAAUUCAAAUGUGUGCUAUAGUCGAACACAAGCUCGCAUACCGAAUGCCGUCACAAUCGAUUCUCAGACGAGUGCUCUCAGUAUCAUCAUCGUCAUCUUGGUCUACGUAUGCAGGCAAUAACUUGUUAAAGACGUCUCUAAUGAAAUUUUAUGCGCUGGUAGAGAACUAUUCAUGUAGAAAUUAUUACAGCGAUAAGAAGCAAGAUUUAUUUACUUUUUUUUUUGUCGUCGACACUCAGAUCACAUUGACACUUAUGUGCACCAGCCCGACAUAAGCCAGACUUAUGAGAUGGUGAGAAAAGAAAAUUCUUCAGGGGAGAGACGAAAACGUAAAAAAAAAAAUAAAUCGCUGCUGUCAGCAGAACGACAAGCAGACGCACCGUACAAAAAGUUUCAGCCUGAAUUAUGUUCGUUGAACAAACAUUACGAAACUUGUCAUACGAAGGAUCAACAUUUGAAUGUGUAAUUUUUCAACUUGGCGAACCGAUUAAAUGCCAUGCUUAUGGUUUUCUGUUGAUGUUGUUGUUUUUGUUAUGCGAAUAAGCCAAAUGGAUGACUGGAUGGAGUACAAACUGAAGUAAUAUCGCUGCGGGAGAGAAAAAAAUGGAAUUUCGGUUUUUAGCAUGAAAUGUUCCGAAAUUGAACAUGCUCUGUGUCGAACAAUACGAAAAUCGACAUGUAAGCAACGAUUUGUUGGCAAAAACAAAUCAAGUCGUCAUCAGAAUGUGCUUAGCAAUGAUGGAACGAUAAGUAGACAAUAGCGUACCGGAUAAAGAAUUACAUUGUCAUGUAGUCUCAUCAAAAAUACAAGGGAAAAGAACGGUUUUCGAAUCGCACAUCAUUUGUAUGCAUGUCACAUGACAUUAGGUUGGCUUGCUUGUUCAGCUGGCUUGUGAGUCUGGAGAAAUAGAGAAAAAAAAACGGGUUAAGCACGCUGACUUUGGGCAGACGGAUUUACUCAAUUUAACCAACGAUUCGACAGAUCUUUCGAAGCUAGAUGAAACUCGUUUUUUUUUACACAAAAUUCUACGUGCUUAGAAGCAGUUCUUAUUUUCAAUUUUCAUCGAACGACAACAGAGAGGAUGUCUGUGUCCAUUUUAGGAGUUAGAACGUUACUUGUAACGUUGAUUGUCUUGAAAAUUCCAAUAAAAAGAAACUAAUUCAAUUGGGGUCUAUUUCCUCUCCUCGUUUCUGAUCUGACCACACAAAUUACGAACAUUCACCAAGCUUUUGGCCACUGUUUGCCACAUCCAGACGCCACAUAAAUUUGCUAUAUCAUCGCUUGUGACAGAACCUAACGAAAAGCAUUUCCGAAACGGGCGACAUGAAUGCACGCAAACGCCACAACUUGUCCAAUGGCUAAUUUAAUUUACUACUUUGAUUGAUUACAUUUCCAUGUUUUUCCUUCGACUUUAUUCGUCUUCUCUUUUUUCUUGCGGUUAUAUUGACCCAUUAUUUUCCACCAACCAAAAAUUGAAUGGUCAGUUGAUUCGUUGAUUCAAUGCCAUCGUCCUUCCUCCGCGGUCAAAACUUUUCAACGCAGAAGAUGUCGAGAUGCGAGCUAUAAACUACAAAUAAAUUUGUUGAUUGCAAGUGAAAGAUCAUGAACAUAAAUUCUCGCGUAAUUUUCCUUCUUACCAAACGCGUUCAUCGCUGUGUAUAUCUUUCAGCUGGAACGGAUGUCGACGUUAUUUAUGAUUCUUGGCAAAUUUUUAUGAAUCACACACACAAUCGAUGUUAUUACCCGGUGAUUAUUCGAAAAUGAUGAUGAAACGCUUUCCACAGCGUUUUUUUAUGACCGUCGAAUCAAGUUUACGCCAUUCGUUGUUUUUUUUUCUCUCGCGGUUGGCUGUUCAUUUGGGAAAAAGCAUCAAAAUCAUUGAAUCAAUUAUGCAGUCAGAACAUUCACCCAGAUUUCCACAGUGAUUAUUAUCCAACGAAAAAAAAAACCCAACCAAACCAGAAGCAAGAAACAAUAAACGAACGUUUUUUUCAUUCUCAAAUCCAUUAAAUGGAUUACAAAAUCAAUAAAAUCGCGUAAUCAUUAUUUAGUAGUACCAUACUGUAUCCAAUUUGAAGAAAAGAGAAAAAUGUUACCCCAAAAAAAAUUAGAUUUUUUCCAUCCAUCUUUCAAAUUUAACAAAACCAAAAUAAUGGACCAAUCAAUGUAACCAGUUUUUUUUCGGAUUAAGUCAAUUUGUGAACAUAAAUUUGCACCACAAAAUCAAAUGGAAUAGUAAUAAAUUCCAUUUCGAAUCCAACUAACACUUGUAGUUUCAUGUUUAGAAUAGUAGAUGAUGUUGUACAAAAAAAGAAGAAGCCCCAUGUAAUCCAUUCCAGGGAAUAUAAAUGCAUAACCACUUUUCCUCAUACCAUUAUUAUUGUGCUCUAAUUAAUGUAUUCCGAUUCAGUUCUGUAACUUUGUCAAAGUGCACAUAAAUUCUGUGUAAUUUUGCGUUCAAAACUAUUCAGUUCACAUUUGUUCGAGUGCCAAAAACUUGUUCAUCCACUAAAUAUGGAGGCCAUUCGGCUAAAAUAUUCGGAGGGUAGCCAAAAACCGUUUUUUCUGCAAUUUUGUAUUUAAUGUUGUUGAGAUGAGAUUAUGAAUGAAAUUGUGACAGAGAAAUUGCACGAAAAGUAAUUAUAUUUUUGUAUUCAACGAAGAUUCGCCAAGAAUCAUUUUAACAAGAUGAAAUGAAUCAGUGUGGAAUACUUUCGUUGGAAUUAAAUUGGAUUUUUAUUUGGUUUCAUUUUGUUUGCUUUCUUCGAAUCACAUCCGAAGACCAUAAUAAUUGGUAUGAAAAGUAAUUUCAAAGAGAUUAUUUGAAUAUAAGAUUGAACACGUGUAAUAAUAAUUUAUAAUAACAAUGUAAGUGAUCUUAUUUUGUUAAUGGCAAUGUUUAAGAACGAUGAAUAAAUUAGUUGAAUCAACUAUGUGACCAAA